AUGCUGUACGUUCUCGUCUCGCUAGGCACUGGUCUCUGGUACCUCUCCCUCCUCUCGCCCAGCCUCGCCAACGACCUCUGGUGGGCGGGGUACUCGCCGGCGCGCCACGAAGCCUUCCUCAUCGACGUCAUCAACGCGCAGCUGAUGCUAACACGCGCCAGUGCCCUUAAUGUCUACGCCGCCGACGCGACCGUCAACAAGGUCUACGCGUCGGCGACGGCAUCCUCCACCACAAUCCCGCCAACGUACGCUCGGCGCAUUGUCUUUAGUGAGCUGACGUCGAUCGAGUACGCAGUGCCGCAGCUGCGUCUUCUCAGCGCGCGCUGGUCGAUGCGCAUGUGUGUGCAGCACUGCUGGGUCGACUUCAACAAAACGUUUCAAGUCGCCCACACGGAGCUGCGGCAGCGCCGGUGCGAAGAGAGCUAUGCGACAAACGCAGCCGUUUAUAUGGAAGCCACGUUGCGCAAUGUGGUGUGGACCGACUAUGUAGCGGUCUGGGGCGGUGAAAAUGGUCCGUUUACCGUCGCCGUCGAGCUCGCACUACAAGAGACAAGCCACGGCCGGUUGUUCCUCCGCGGCGUAGCGACGGCGCGUGCCAUGACAUCGGUGGCCGACGAACUCAUCUACUGGCGACGCCAUAACUUGCGUUCGUUUGAACUACAGUGGCAGAACCGGUAUCGACCGGGCGUGACCGAGACAAUGGUCAUGCAGAAUGCACUCGGCAUGCCGCAGCUCUUGACGCUCAAGGACGUACCGCAAGGCGCGGGGCCGUGGACAUCGGUGAUUCUUUUCUGGCUGCCGCUCAACAACCUCUGGCAAAACCAAAUGUUCAACCGCAGCCUGAUCCGGGGCUCGUCACGGUACUUUCUCGCCAACAUCUCGGUAGACCUCCCGGCGCUCGACGUCGAGGUCAUGCACGGCAACACGAAUGUGCCCGGGCAGUUUGCCGCCCAAGCCGCCCAAUUUCGCCGCCUCAUUGGCCCCUUCCAGAGUGUCGACAGCCUCCAUGUUCCCGUCCCAAUAUCGCUUCUGAAGGCCGUUGCCGCGCUUCGUGUCACUGCCGCCAACGACGUGGCCGCUCUUGUGUCGCCGGCUACACCGAUUCAACUGAUGCCACUCGCGUGGCUCGGCUACAACUAUUAUGGCGGCAACCCGCUAUGUGUCGCGUUGCCAGCUACAUCGUACGUGCAGCAGUCGUUUGACUUUACAAACGACUGCUCAGCACCCAAACCACUCGAGGUGGUGCUCGACCCGCUCGCGCUUCUUGUCGCCCAUGUUGCCACCAUCAGCACACUGUCGAGCGAGACUCGUUGUGCUGCGGCAGCGCCUUCCUCGCUAGCCACGUGUUUGGCCGCGCUCAACAGCGUCGAUGCAAUCUGGCCCGCCCACGUGGCAAUCACUGAUUGGUCGGCCGCACGGCACGAUGUCGGCCUCGGCCUUGGGUUGAUGCAAUAUGCAACGACCGCGAACGGCACGUGGCGCGUGCUUCGGCAGCCACUACUGGAGCCGUCGUUUACGUUUUUUGGCUGGAUGUUCCUCGCCGACUGGGCGCUGGGGCGUCGGGAAGUGCUCUCGUUCCAAGGGGACGUCGGCAGC